AGCUCAUUUGCAGACCUUCUUUUUUAUCCAAUUUAUACAGGAUUUAUUGUUGGUCAUUUAGAUGAAUUUCAUGCAGUGAACUCAGUCUUCAACAACGCCUCCAGUUCGAGUAAUGUCUCAGUGGUGUUAAAGAAAUUUAACACUUCAGACGCUCUGAACCUAUUUAAUCAAGGUAGGAGAAAGUUUUAUUUGUUAAUCUUACCGAUUAUUCUAAAGAUAUUUUUUCCAUUCAAAGAUAUACGAUGUUUGCAAACCCAUUUAUUUCAGCCACGACGAUUUUCGAAAGCAACGUCAUUACACUUAUUGAGGGAAGUAAAGCAACGACGUCCGCAUGCGCACUGUCGACGGUAACCGGUAUUCCUCUUAUUCGUCUCCGACAUGAUAGUGGACCGUUGGACCACUGUGAAAAAGCAGUACAGAUGUCAGCGGGAUACAAUGACUAUGCGCGUGCAACACGUGACAUAGUGAAUACCUUUGGAUGGAAAAACAUUGUUCUUGUUUAUGAAGGUAAACGAGGCUUCAUUCACCGUUGUUUUAAGCACAAACAGUCUAAAUUAUAGUGAACUCGUGAGCAAAAACUCUCAUCACAAUCAACCGUAUAUUCCUGGUGCUAUUAAAUAUCAAAUUCUUUAUUUACGACCUGUAUAAAUAGUGUUUUCACCAAAUAUUCUAGUUUAUGGCCCUGUCUGUCAUUUUUGUGUGUAUUGUUGUUUAGAGCGUCAUGUGCACGAGGCUGGCUUUUUCGUCGCCAUCACCCAAAAAUUACAGCUGACUGUGAAUUUAGUUCAACUCUAUGAGCAGGGACAGGAUGAAGGACUAACAGCAGCGAUACAAUCAGCAGUAGAGCAAGUAAAGGACUUUGAUGCUGAAAUUGUUGUACUCUACAUGGAAAAUAAAAACAUUCAGCUAAUGCUACAACAGGUUAUAAAAUUCUCAAAUUUUACUCUCUUAAGAAUGUCUUACUUUCCCUAUGCAUUUUGACUCACCAAAGUGAUUUAACAGAGGAUAAUUUUCAAAGCGAGAGCUUUAUAAUUUUGAAAACAUCUUUUAUUUUAUCAUAGAAGCCUUGCAACCACAGAAAGACAUAUAUUUGGAUUAUCCAAGGACAGGUUUGAUAACCGAAAUUUUAAGACUUCAAUACAAAAUUUUACAGUCAAUGAAUACUGAAAUCAAACAAUGAAUAGACAGAUAGCGGAGGACAACGUAAGCAAGAAGGGUAAACUGAUCCCAACUCAGUGUAGCAAAUAGAAUUUUAAGCCCUGCAGUUCAAUAUACUACUUCAAAUCCAAACAGCAUUUGGCGGCAGAUUUUAAAUGAAAACCGUGUGGCCACGGUCAAAUCAACCUAAAUUUACGGGGUUUUAUUCAUUACUCUAUAGGUGCAAAUGCCUUUGAAUUUAACCUGCUACCAAUUUGCUGUGGUAGCUUUGAAGCUGUCGUACGAUGACCACACAGUUAAUGAUCUUCUAAAGCAUGUAGUUGGAAAUUAUUCGGCCAGCAGUUCCGUUGACAAGGCAGGUUUAAUAUGUAAAUGUAUAUUUCAUCUCUGCUUGCUGCUCCUAUGGACAGACAGGACCCCACAUAUAGUCUUAUCCCUCGCUAAGUGUAAUAUUCACGAUUAUAGACGCAGUUCUUUAAAACUUACUCAUUUAUUUGCUUUUAUUACUAGAUCCUAUAAGGAACGACUCAAGAAUACAAUAGAAUAGCAGCUUAUCCAUAUGUAAUAAAUGUAUACUACAGAAAAAAACAAAAGCAAACAAGAAAAUCAGCAUGUUUUCAACAAAAAGGAUCUUGAAUAUUAGAGGGAAUGACCAUUGUCUUGCAGAAACUCGUUAGGUUCGGAGUAUAGAGCGGGUCUCUCGUUACGGGUUGAACGACAUUCAGUUUUCGUAGGUCAUUCGUAUCUGUUCUCCUUCCCAAACGUAACGAAGAAACUAAUAUCGUUAACUUUCCUAUCACGACAGCAAUUGACGGCAGUUAGUUAUGAUGCAGUCCAGACCAUCAACAAAGCAGCAAAUAUAGAGCCUUGUUCAUCAAUCAACGGGUCUGAUAUUGGUCCUGAAGCAACCAAAGCCAUGUUAACAUGCUUGAGGAUGGUAAAGACUGUUUGGAUUGCUUCUAUUAGUCUUCUCAGUCACUUCUAUGGCACAAUUUAGAAUCUAUCUUAGUAGCAUGAGAAGUAUGUCAAUUUACUUUUCAGAAUCCAGGGAGAGCUUAAUUCAUCGAACUGAAGUUUAUCUAUUCUAUCAUAUCUCCAAAACAGGUCAGUCUCAAUGGAACUACAGGAUUUCUCCAAUUUAACGAGCAAGGGGAACGUAAAAGAGUUGAACUGGAAAUUUUAAAUCUUCGUAACAAUUCUUUUAAGAAAGUAGGUAUCUCAAGCUUCAAAUUAGAUCCAAUUUCUUUUUCUUUGUUUUGAGAUGUUUGAAAUGAUUCGAAUAUUUAGUUAAUUUAGUUGACGCUUUGGGUGAUUGAGACUUAUCUCAACUUUCCCUUUCUGAUUUUAUAAAACGUAAAAGAAACAGGCACAUUUAAAAAAAAAUUGCGAUCUCGACAUAAAAGGCGACCUGAACGUCCUUGAUGUUAGGGCCGAAUUUAUCAGCACAGCCGCUUGGGUGAACCAAUUUUCAAACAAAAUCGCUCAGGCAUCUCAAGGCAUUUGGAGACGAUUUCAACUCAUUCCAUCAAAGGCUCUUCGACCAAGUUCACUUUAUAUCGUCUUUGUUGCGUUGUUUUUUCCCCUUUUUUUAGAUAGGUACCUGGAAUUCAUCUAAGGGCGCCGUGUUUUCUGGAAAUAUCCUACGUAACAUGGAUAACCCACUGUCAGAAACAACCUUAGAGGGGAGAAAGCUCAGGGCUGUUGGUUUACUGGUAAUGAAACAGACUGAAUUUGAUUUAUAUUCAUUAUUUUCAUAUGAUUAACAAAUUAAGUCGUGUCAGUGGAAUGGGAGACCAAGAAACCAAGAAGACCUCACGCUUGAUUGAAAGUUAUUUGAUUUGGAGACGUUUUUCUAUCACAAUAUUAGUAAUAUGUUGGUGUCAAAUCAUGAUCUUUAGGGUAUCCUCGAAUGCAAAUUAGAUCAAUCUAUGCCAGAGGUCGAAAUUCUAUUGUAAAGGUUCUGGCGCUGUUUCUCUAACCCUAGGACGCUCCCUUUGUGAUGAGGGUGAAAAAUAAAAACGGCGGAUUUUCUUACGAAGGAUACUGCAUUGAUCUUCUGAAUGAGCUGGCAAGAAACCUUAAAUUUACGUAUGAGCUCUACCUCUCUCCUGACGGCAAGUAUGGUGCUGAAAAUGAAGAUGGAACUUGGAGUGGAACGAUGAAGGAGAUUGUAAACGAGGUAAGAUUUCAUAAAUGAUACUUUUCACUAAGUAAACAAUGAUAUAAGAAAGAAAUAAUAGUUAGGAUGCUGACCCUUAGCAUUGUGUAAAGUCACUCUCUUGUGACGAAGAUUUUACUGAUCAGUGAAAGUGUUGUUAAACUGGAUAGGUAGAAGGUCAUGGGUAUGCUACUGAACAGAGUGUAAGGUUUCUCUGAUAAUCCACGGAAAUAUGGCGGUGAAAUAACUGGCUUAUCGCUUAAAAGAAAGACUUUGUAUAAGGAAACUGAGGAAAUAUUGCAAUUCUAACUAGCUAUUCUUCUUUGUUCAAAGCGCGCCGAUAUAAUCGUUGCAGCGCUCACUGUAACAGAAAGUCGAGAGAAGGUAGUAGACUUCAGCGUACCUUACAUGUAUUACACCGAAGAUAUACUAUUGAAAAAAACAUCAUCCAAGGAAAAUUAUGACCUGCUGCAGUUCAUGAAUCCGUUUGAUAAUCAAGUUUGGUUCGCUACCUUAGCUACCCUCGUGGUCAUCUCUAUUGCUGUGUUUGUAAUAAAUUACUACAGUCCUUAUGGAUUCAAAGAUGAAAAUGGCCGAGGAACAUCAGAGGAGUUUAGUUUCUUCAACAGUGUAUGGUUCGCUUUGGCCUGUAUGUUGCAGCAAGGAGGAGAUAAUACACCAAAGAGCCUAUCAGGUGGGGAAGUAUACUUUACCGGCCAGAGUUUCUCGCUUGUUAGUGUUUAUUAUCUCCCUUGAGUCAUAAUAAUUUCAUGCUGUAAUAAUUUGUGAUGAUGCUGCUUAUUUCUUAAGGUCGUAUCCUCGCUGGUUGCUAUUGGUUUUGCAUAUUAAUCUGGGUCUCAACAUACACUGCCAAUUUGGCCGCUUUCUUCACUGUAAAGAACGCCGAACAUCCGAUUAAUAACCUAGAGGACAUCGUGAAAUCAUCGUAUUCGGUGGGAAUACUCGACUCAUCCAGCACUUCAGAGUUCUUCGAGACGAGCGGCUACGAAACACACAAAAAAAUCUGGCACAAAAUAAAAUCGGAGGGUACCCUUGCUGAAAAUACAGCGCAAGGUGUUGAGUGGGUGAGAGAGAAAGAUGAGUUCGCGUUUAUCACUGACGGACCGUUUCUUCAACAUAUCGCCAACAAAAAACCCUGUGACCUGCAAGUUGGUAAAUACUUAAGCUUAAUUAAUGGAAGCUACCUGGUAAUGAGAUUUAUAACUUGACGCAAAUCGUCUCCCUAAAAACUCGCCGCUUAAAGUGGAGUGGUGCUAUUCUUUCCAAAUUUAUGUUAAAUUUAUAACAAAAGAAAAGAUUAGAUAAGCUUAUUCCAAAAAUCCUGUUAUUCGUACCCAAGACUUGUCAUUUUGGUAUCAGCUUAGCUGAAAUAUUUAUCAAAAAGACCGAUAUUUGAUCUGAUCAUUUGAUUAAUAAAUAAUCACAAUGAGUAACAGCUUAGGUUUAUUUUUGUUUCAGUUCCAGGUCUAAGCACGUCGAAAGGACUUGCACUCGCCUUCCAAGCUAAUGAUCCACACGUGAAUGACUUUACUCUGGCCAUUUUGCGUCUGCAUGAGAACGAUUUUCUCACCAGCUUGCAAAGGAAGUGGUGGGAUAGUACGAAUAAAUGUCCAGUCGAAGAAGAAACGUGUAUGUAA